AGAGACCAAAAUGCAUUAAAUUUAGAUCACGAAAAUAUAGUAAAAACAUUAGACGUAAUUAUUAAGUUUGAUAAAAAUUACGGAAUUGUAGUAAUGGAAUACUUGGCAAAUUCGAAGUCUUUACACUCUGUUUUAUUAAACGGACCCAAUUCGUUAACAUUUUCAAAAGUAAAAAUGUAUGCAACUGAUAUAUGCAACGGUCUAAAGUACUGUCAUCAGCAUAAAACUCUUCAUUUAGAUUUAAAACCGAAAAACAUAUUAGUUUGCUUCAACGAUGUUUGCAAGAUAUGUGACUUUGGAAAUUCCAUUAUCAUUGGAGAAAAAUUAGAACAUUUCUGUUUUCAUGGAACCCCUGCCUAUACUGCGCCAGAAAUAUAUUUAGGUUGUUAAAUUUGAACUACGACCGAAAAUAAAAUUCUGCGAAGAGAUAGAGUAUACCCGGUUAUUUAAAAAAUGUUGGUCACAUC